CAUCUCGUGCAGUAUGUUCGAUAUUAGAACACUGUCAAAAGAAUACGUAUAACCAACGAGCACUUUGUACGAUUUACGUUCAAAGUAUUUGUAAAAAUGCAAGCUUUUUUGUCGAGGAUAUCGGAACGUAAUAUACAUCAACGGCACAUUCGAGAGAGCGUUCGAUGUAUGUGGUGAGUGUGUGUGCGAGUGAAGAUGAGUGUGUGAGAGGUAGUGAACUGUCAGGGAAAUGAGUUGUUUCUCUUUCUUCUUUGUGAAAUUGCCGUGGCGAUGAAACAUGAAAAUAAAGUGUACUCUUCUCAAAAAUAAUCAAACAUAAGAGUAAUCGGUUUUAUUUGAAUAAUCAACGGUCUUUAUAAGUUAAACAAAUCUAUCGAAAGCGAGAAAAAAACACAAAAAAUGAAUCGAUAGAAGCGGUAGUUGGUGAAUAAUAACAAAAAUGUUUUGUGCUGUGCACAAAAGAUAUACAAGUUUGAAGUUUCAAUAGAAAGUGAAAAAGAACCAAACACAAAGAAGAAGAAAUAUCGAAAAAUAGAAAAACAAUAAAAUAACAAUAUUCCAGUGUGUGUGUCUGUGUGUACAGCAGAACCAACAACAACUGUACAAGAAAAAACUACAUGAUUGCCGUUGAUGCUGCCACCGCCGACAUCGGAAAGCGAAUAAACAAAUCCAAUUGUUUAAUAAUUCGCGAUUAUUUACAAUUUCAUUGGGCUCCUUUCAAAUUGAUGAGAAUAUCAAACUAAAAGUCAUAAAAAUGAGCAUAAUUUUGGAUGAACAAAUAUAUACACCGAAGUCAACUGUAAUCUGCGUAUACCCAAUGCACGAAUUUUAUUUCAAUCAACAUGCAAUAUUCGAGAAAUUUGGUAAACUUCGGUUUGUUGGUAUUGAAAAACGUAAUGACGUUCGAAUUGGACUGAUUGAAUUUGAAGACGAUUCGGUUGCGGAUGAGCUAAUAUCCAAAGGUUAUAUGGAAAUUGAAGACAAUAAAUGUGAAGUAAAAUCAUACGAAGAAUUCAAACGCAAAUCAAAACUAGUUUCGGAUACAGUUUUACAACUCGAUUGUGCGAUAGGCGCGUUGUUACAUCCGCCAAAACAAGAUUCAUGCAAACAUAUUUUAAAUGUGCUGAAUGACGAUUGCUUACGAGAAAUUUUCACAAAAUUACAUUUGUCGACAUUAAUGUCAGUGGCAAAUGUUUGUAUACGCUUCGAUCGUGUUGCUAAAGAAGCAUUUUCAAGCAAAUACAAAUCAAAAAAGAUCCGUAUCGGCGAUUUAACGUGGGACCGUAAGCCAACAAAAUCACAGGUCACCAAUUUUUUCAGCAAAUUCGGUUCAUCAAUUUCAUCGGUAUCGCUAGUGCACAGAAGUCCUGGCCGUUAUUCAGGGAAUAUAAAUGAAGACACGCAUCUUGAUUUGAGAAUUAUAAGCAAAUAUUGCAAUGGGCUGAAAGAAUUGGAAUUUUCUGCUUAUCACACACCUGAAUCAACAUUGAAAGAAAUUUUUUUGAAAUUGAAAACAUUAUUUGAAAGAUUGAGAACACUACGUGUAUACUUCAUUAAGAGUAGAUCGUUUUUUGAGAUAAUAUCCGCUUGUUCGAACCUUGAAGUUUUAGACGUUCAUUUUCAUCUCCAUGUGGAAUCUUUAAUUCCAUCAAACAGCACAUUGCCUAAAUUGGUUGAAGCUACUUUUAACUGCUAUGCAUGUAACGCUUUAGUUUGCGAAGCUAUACAUAAAUUUCUUGAAGUAAACUCAAAAUUGAAAGUACUACGAAUUACAAGUGCUGAUUUCGUCUCGAAUUCGGGUUAUUUAAGUGAAUUGAAAGAAUUCGAUUUUAAAGUAAAUCACCUUGAACUUCAAUCUAUUGUGGCUACACUGAGUUCACCGAAUAUACAAAUCGAGAAACUGAAAGUGAGCUUAAAUUCCGCUUUUUACACGGAGUUGACUUACAUUCCUACAUUUGGAAAUAUUACAGAAUUUCGUAUGCGAAACCAGAUGCCUACGUUUGAUGAAAUGUGGUAUUUACUGGAACAUAUGCCAAACCUGGAGACAUUUCAUAUUUCAUAUAAGUUUCAUACGAAGAACGAAACACUUAUGACGAUCAAAUCAAUUUUACACCAUGCAUCACAUUCAUUGUCAAAAUUGGUGUUCGAAGGAUGGCAGUUAUUUAUUAAAUCAGAUAAACGUCCACAUUUUUCGUUUCCCAUCGAUGAUGUGGAGUACUAUGAAAUUCUGAAAUCGGUUGAAGAUCGUACUAGUGGCAUCAAACUUACAAUUCAACUCUUUUUCCAUAAACUUCUUCACGAUGAAUAUGUGAAGAAUACGCAAGCAAUUUAUAUUUUGAACACAGUCCCCAAAUUUUUAACCAUUGAACAACGAGUUAGCGCAAAACAAUUUUUUUAUCCUAUUUAACAAAUUGUAUUAGUAUUAAAAAAAUGCUUAUUCAGACACGUGCAUUCAUCAAAGCAUGUGCAUUCAUUAUAUCACGUAAAUUACGUUAAAUAAGUGUAACGACGAAUAAGUGUGAUGAUAUUCAUGCAGUCUGUCCGUGAAUCGACCAACAAUAAUAUAUGCAUUUUGUUCUAAAUUUAAAA